CUCGAAAUGUUCUAACCUUUGGCUCUUGAAUAUACCAGUAUAUUACUUGGGAAAAAACUAAGUGAUUUUUCUUUCGCUCAAAAGAGGUAGAGAUCAUCAGUAUAUGUUUGAGAAAAGAUUUGGAAUUCACGAAAAAUGUCCGAAAUAAAUUCAGAAGUGCUCAAAGUAUUUGGCUUUUGGAGUAGCAUUUUGGUUCUGAAAAUGCUGGUGAUGGCGCCGUUAACUUCACGACAGCGAUUACGAAAACACGUACUGGCAAGUCCAGAAGAUGAUGUCUUCAUAAGUAAAGGCAAAGCUGUUUACAAUGAUCCAGAUGUGGAGCGUGUACGUAGAGCACACUUGAACGAUUUGGAAAACGUUCUCCCUUGGUUCAUAAUCACUUACUUCUGGCUCGGAACAGGACCUUCACCAUGGUUGGCCAAAACUUUGAUACAAACCUUUGUACUUUCCCGUAUAGCUCACACUAUAUCAUAUGUAGUUUUCCAACAACAACCUCUAAGAGGGAUAACUUUUGCUGUGGCAUUUGGAAUUACUGGUUACGAAACAUUUAAGACAUUAUUGUACUAUUACUAAUUGCUUAAGUAUACAUAAAUCGUGAAAUAAGCACAUAACUAUACAACAAC